GGGGUAAAAAAAGAUGACUGUGGUGUCUCAGGAGAACCACGAUGAGACUGUGGUCAUCACUCCUCUGCUCCAAGACGCUGCUGACUUGGAACCGGCGGACCAGGAGUGCAGCGAGCGGGUGGUCAUCAACAUCUCCGGCCUGCGCUUCGAGACGCAGUUAAAGACCCUGUCUCGCUUUCCCGCCACGCUGCUGGGAGACCCGCGCAAAAGGAUACGCUUCUUCGACCCGCUGAGGAACGAGUACUUCUUCGACAGGAACAGGCCGAGCUUUGAUGCCAUCCUCUAUUAUUACCAGUCUGGAGGGAGGCUGCGGAGGCCUGUCAGCGUACCUGUGGAUAUAUUCCUGGAAGAAAUAAAGUUUUAUGAACUUGGGGAGGAAGCCAUCGAGCUUUUCCGAGAUGACGAGGGCUUGGCGAGAGAGGAGGACCGCCCGCUGCCCAACAAUGUGUUUCAGCGCCAAUUGUGGCUCCUGUUCGAGUAUCCGGAGAGUUCGGGACCCGCACGGAUAAUCGCCAUCGUGUCUGUAAUGGUUAUUUUGUUGUCUAUUAUUAUCUUCUGCCUAGAGACACUGCCUGAGUUCAGAGAGGUCCCCAUAGUCCAAGACAUUCAGGUGAAUGGCAGUGCGCCCGGCACAGCACCCAGUCCCUUCACAGAUCCCUUCUUCAUGGUGGAGACUCUCUGCAUCGUGUGGUUCUCCUUCGAGUUCACCAUGAGGUUCCUGUCGUGUCCCAGCAAAGCGGCUUUCUUCAAAAACGUCAUGAACAUCAUCGAUGUUGUGGCCAUAGCUCCUUAUUUCAUCACGCUGGGGAUGGAUCUGGCCGAGCACCAGGGCAACAGCCAGCAGGCUGCGUCUCUGGCCAUCCUGAGGGUCAUCCGUCUGGUGCGGGUUUUCAGGAUUUUUAAGCUUUCCAGGCACUCCAAGGGUCUGCAGAUUCUCGGCCAGACGCUCCACGCAAGCCUCAGGGAGCUUGGGCUGCUCAUAUUCUUCCUCAUCAUCGGAGUGGUUUUAUUCUCCAGCUCAGUUUACUUCGCAGAGAUUGAAGACCCCGACUCCAAAUUCACCAGUAUUCCUGAUGCGUUCUGGUGGGCUGUGGUGACCAUGACCACAGUCGGGUACGGAGACAUGUGCCCCUCCACCAUGGGGGGCAAAUUCGUGGGUUCCCUGUGCGCAAUCGCCGGAGUGCUCACAAUCGCCUUGCCCGUCCCCGUCAUCGUGUCCAAUUUUAAUUACUUUUACCACAGAGAGAACGACGACGAGGAAAAUGUUCAGUACGUGCACGUGACCUGCGGACAGCAGGUGCAGGAGUCGCAGCUGCUCUCGUUCGGCGACACUGACUCCUGCAAAAGCAACGACUCGCUUUCCAAGACUGAGUCCUAUCGGGGAAGCGACGACCUGGAAGCUCUGACAUAUCCAAACGUGAUCUCAGUGGCAGAGACGUACACAGGGAGGCUGACAGAUGUGUAG